AUUGUAGUCUGGUAGCUUGGUGGUAAUUUGCAACAUCCCUGCAUUUCCGGAUAAUAGUGUUGGGAACAUGGUCGAGACAAGGAUAUGUAGCUUUAAAUAAAACACGGAAAGCACUACCAUAUCUGGCACUGGCCUUCACAAUAAGGGCGUUGUACAUCACAACUUUAGCAUAAAUGAAUUAAGAAUCAUUAUUUAAACUCCUUCAACGACUUUAAACGUUGUAAUAUGUGUGUGGUAAUCGAAAAGAUGCAAAUAUCACGUGUUUAAGGUACAGUCUAAACAUUUUAUUCAGACUUGUAGUCUUAUUUUGACAACGGCGAGGCGGCUUUUCCCUCAGACCCACACAGUAGUUGUUCGUCAGAGAAGACGCUUCUCUGACGUCAUCGAUUCUUGGGGGCGAGACGGAUUCGCCGCUAUAAAAUGUUCCCGGCUCGAUGAGUGAAUCCAGCGCACUGAAUCAGAAUCGACCCAAAGCAAUUAUACACUGAUCAAACAUGGUGAAGAUCACUUUCCAGACAGUUUCGGCGCAGAAGCCCGAAAAAGAGAGCGAUGGAGACAAGAUCACGAUACCUCAGGCUCACGGCCAGGUGGUUCUUCCUGUCAGGACCAAAAAGCCUUUUCCAACUGGUUUGUGCUGCCUCACCUUUGGGCUGGUGGUCUUUAUGUCAGGAUUGGUUCUGGCCUCUAUCUACAUUUAUCGCUACUACUUCAUACCUCAGCAGAUUCCAGAAGACAGCUUGUUCCACUGCAGGGUAAUCUUUGAAGACUCGGUGUACGCUCCUCUGAGGGGGCGGCAGGAGCUCGAGGAGAAUGUCGGCAUCUACCUUGAAGACAACUACGAACAGAUCAGCGUGCCUGUGCCACACUUUGGUGGAAGCGACCCUGCUGAUAUUGUGCAUGACUUUCAGAGGGGCCUCACAGCGUAUCAUGACCUUGCACUGGACAAAUGCUACAUCACAGAGUUAAACACAACCUCGGUGAUGCCUCCACGUAGCCUGUGGGAGCUGCUUGUCAACGUCAAGAGAGGGACGUACCUUCCUCAGACUUACAUCGUCCAGGAGGAGAUGGUGGUGACAGGGAGGGUGAGGAACAUGAGGCAGCUGGGCCCAUUCAUCCACAGACUCUGCUACGGCAAAGAAACCUACCGCCUGAGGCGCCGCAACCAGCACAGACGUAUUGAGAGGCGUGAGACAAAGAAGUGCCACAGCAUCCGUCACUUCGAGAACACUUUUGUGGUUAACACUGUCAUUUGUGACAGGGUCUAAAUCUGAGGCGGAAAUCACAGCCAUCCAACACUGAAGCCAAUUUCAAACCAUACCUCUUGAAUUCUUUAGGCUUUUAACUGCACUUUAAGAGCAAGUAUUUGUCCAGUUUCACUUUGAAUGUUUGUUUUUUUCGUCAGUUGGAAAUGCUCUUUUAAUGUUUAAUGUAUUUUAUUCAGACUGUCCGUAUAUAUGGAUUAUGUUAUCCAUGUGGUUGGAUAUAUCUGUAGCUUGUCUUGUUGUGCAAAGAUUGUUGAUGUGGUCAGUCUGACAUUAUCAUCAGAAUACUUGAUUUAAUCUUAUACUUGUCGUUGUUGUUUAGUAUCUCAGUGCGUCGCGUUGCACUGUGCAGUCAAUAUUUGUUAUUUUAUUUUAGUUUUGAAAAUGGCAAAACAUACCUCAUGUAGUUUGAACAUUUCAUUGCUGGUUUAUAUCAUUGAUGAAUGGUGUAUAUGACUUUGAUUUUUCCUAAGCAAUAUAAUGUAAAUGAAUUUUCUUUUGGAUUUCAUGUUCUUACAUUCAUAGAUUUUUAUCUGAAACUUGUUUUGUGAAAGAUAAUUUCUUUAUGGUUUGUCUCUUUUUUUUGGUAUCACACUUUCCUACUCCUUGGAUAUUAAUGGCUUUAGACUGUAAUUAGUAGCAGCGCUUUAGAUGGACAGAAGGAACCAAAGUCUGCAGUCUGCGAUGCUGGGUGUUAAGGAUGUAUGAAAUAUUUAUAGUAUAGAUCACUUACUGUAGAUGAUAUCGAAGGUGAACACUCAUUUUGUCUUGUGCUUCCUCCUCUUCACUUGGAUUUGCCUGUUGUCUUUGGGUCAUUAUUAUCUAUACAAUAUUGAUUUGUCCCGACUUAAAACGUGGGGUCUCUUUCUACUUUUCAACAUGGAGGAAAACCAGUCUCUGUUGAGGGACCUGUAAUAAUGUGCUCAUAUUUCAAUGUUUCGACAACCUUCUUUUGCUGUAUAGUCAAUUCUUCUUGUAAUAUCUUGCUGCUUUAUGAAUAAAUGAUCAAACUUU